UUGAGCAUCCAUGUAUUGAGAAAGAUUUUAUAAAUAUUUUAGUUAAUGGAAAGCUAUGCAUAUCCUUACCCACCACCGUUUCCCCCUAUGCGCCCCCCAGAGGGGGAUUACCCUGAUCAUGGGGACGGCUUUGAGGAUUACUACGGCCUGGGGCCGUUAAACGAAGAAAGGGAAAGACGGAGUAGAUCCACAAAUCGCGCCCGCAAGCGCCGUAGCGACAAGCGUUCACGCUCCAGAAGCGCUAGCGCUACGAAAACACGCUCCAAGUCGCGUUCUCGUAGCCGUAGCAGGAGUCGUAGCCGCAGCCGUAGCCACACGCGCAGUCGUAGCCGGUCGGGCAGCCGUCGUAGAGACUCGAGUUAUAAGGAGCCUGGAUUUUUGGACGCGUUUCGGGUGCUGUAUUUGACGCCCAGCAAACACAAAAAGAGCACGACGAAAUACCUGGCUACGAAGAAGCGCCAGGACCGGAUUCAGGAGCUUUUGAAGAGUGACGGACUCGGGUCCAAGAGGUGGCUGUUUUAUCCUCGCCAGAACUCGACAGUGGCAAGGAGUGAACCAGGAGAGGUGGCUGGGUCGCGGGACAACUGCGACCAAAGGGUCAAAAUUGACGGAGAGUUCUUCAGGAAGUACAAAAGACGCAGCAAGGUGGACAGUGAUGCUCCUAUAGCCAAGCUGAAGAGGUGGGAGCUGAUAUUUUAUAAGAAGCUAGGUUUUAUACAAGCGGUUUGAUUUUUAGUUGA